CUAAGUCCCUGGGCCAAGCUGCAGUACCGCAUGGCAUCCUCUUCCCAGAGUGGCACCGAGCUUCUGGCUUCUGAGAAUGCAGCCAUCCCCCUGCCUUCCUCCUUGGUUGUGAACUGCGUACAGAAGGUUCGGAAUCGGUCUCCUAAGUCUGGCAAGAUGGGUGACUGGAGCUUCCUGGGGGAGUUCCUGGAGGAGGUCCACAAGCACUCUACCGUCAUUGGCAAGGUCUGGCUCACCGUCCUAUUCAUUUUCCGAAUGCUGGUCCUGGGCACCGCUGCUGAGUCCUCCUGGGGGGAUGAGCAGGCUGAUUUCCGGUGUGAUACCAUUCAGCCUGGUUGCCAGAAUGUCUGCUACGACCAAGCCUUCCCCAUCUCCCACAUCCGCUACUGGGUACUGCAGAUCAUCUUCGUGUCCACGCCCUCACUGGUCUACAUGGGCCAUGCCAUGCACACAGUGCGCAUGCAGGAAAAGCAGAAGCUGCGGGAUGCAGAGAAAGCCAAAGAAGCCCGCGGUACUGGUUCCUAUGAGUACCCGGUGGCCGAGAAGGCAGAGCUGUCCUGCUGGAAGGAAGUGGAUGGGAAGAUUGUCCUCCAGGGCACUCUACUCAACACCUAUGUCUGCACCAUUCUGAUCCGCACCACCAUGGAAGUGGCCUUCAUCGUGGGCCAGUACCUCCUGUACGGGAUCUUCCUGGAUACCUUGCAUGUCUGCCGCAGGAGUCCCUGCCCUCAUCCAGUCAAUUGUUAUGUUUCAAGGCCCACAGAGAAGAAUGUCUUCAUUGUCUUUAUGCUGGCUGUGGCUGCACUGUCUCUCUUUCUCAGCCUGGCUGAACUCUACCACCUGGGCUGGAAGAAGAUCCGACAGCGCUUUGUCAAGUCCCGGCAAGGUAUGGAUAAGCAGCAGCUCCUUGGCCCCUCCACCAGCCUAGUCCAGAGCCUCGCUCCUCCCCCUGACUUCAAUCAGUGCCUGAAGAACAGGCCAGGCGAAAAGUAUUUAAGUGACUUCAGGAAUAAUAUGGGCUCCCGGAAGAAUCCAGACACUCUGGCUACGGAGGAAGGGCCAGAUCAGGAGCUUAUUUCUGGGGGUUUCAUCCACAUGCAGUAUGGCCAGAAGCCGGAGGAACACAAUGGAGCCUCUCCAGGCCACCGCCUUCCUCCUGGCUACCAUGGUGACAAGCGCCGCCUUAGCAAGGCUAGCAGCAAAGCAAGGUCAGAUGACCUAUCUGUGUGACCAUCUGGGUGAGCAUCAGUCCCAGAAGGGAUGUCGGGAGGCUGAUAUAGGGAGAAAAAGUCUCUCACUACAGUAUCUUCUUCUCAGUACCACUGGGCUCCUUCCGGUCCUGGGUCUGGAUGGCAUUAUUCAUCAGUUCUCAAAAUUACAGUUCGAGGGUGUUCUCAAGGUCAGGGCUACUCCUCAGGUCCCAGUCCUCCUCUUCCUCUACCAGUAUACACAGGGAAGCCUUUCACAUGAUUUCUUGAAUAGGGUGCAGGCAGGGAUGGGAGUAAUGGCAAAAUCUGGCCUGGGAAGGACAGACACGAGGAUUCAACAUCAGCAACAUACCAGAUAAAACCUCCAAGUCCAAGUCUUGGCUUUUUUGGUACUAUGCCCAUUUUUUUGG